UAAUUUACAUUGAUAAAAAUGGACGUGAAUUGGUUCGCAAACUCCAUCCGAACUAAUUGACAUGCAGACAAUUUCGUACGCAAAUUAAUAUUUAAUUCCUUUUUCUUUCCAAGCAAGUGUCAAAUAUCAAUGCACUGAGUUCCAAUCGCUAUCGAACGCCCGAAGGAUCAACGUUGACCGCGAAAUCAAUCAGGAAUCGAUGAAUGCCACGGGGUUAUUAAAACAGCUAAUGGGUAAUUUGCUGUUCGCAGGCCGUCCAAAAAAGCGACAGAACAUGACGAGCCCGGUGGUGAUUUCGGCCACGGCUAAGCACACAGCGACGUUAAUAUUUUUCCAUGGCUUGGGUGAUACAGGGCAUGGCUGGGCUAGUUCCAUGGGCGCAGUGCGGUCCCCUCAUAUCAAAGUUAUUUGUCCUACUGCGCCAACGAUACCAGUGACGUUUAACGCAGGGUUCAGAAUGCCUGCCUGGUUUGAUCUGCGCUCUCUGGACUCCAGUGGCCCAGAGGAUGAAGAAGGUAUACGUAAGGCCACUGAAAUGGUCCAUUCGUUAAUAGCGGAGGAGGUUGCAGCUGGGAUACCCACCACGCGCAUCGUUCUCGGAGGAUUCAGUCAAGGUGGAGCAUUAGCCAUAUACAGUGCUCUUACAUUCCCAGAGCCUUUAGCCGGCGUCAUAGCUCUAUCCGCAUGGCUUCUUUUACAUAAAAAAUUUCCAGCAGAAGCGAUAGGUAAUAGGAACACUCCGCUGUUACAAUGUCACGGCGAUUGCGAUCCAAUUGUGCCAUAUAAAUGGGGUCAAACAACAGCGACCCUUCUAAAACAAUUCAUGACACAGACAGAAUUCAAAACAUACCGAGGAAUGAUGCAUACAACUGACCAGGAGGAAAUGCGCGACAUAAAGAAAUUCAUCGAGAAGGUUCUGAAGCCGUAAUAGAUCAAAUUGAACAUAUUGAUAUUUUAUCGGCUACUUUAAACAUGUAACUGUACAUUAUAUUGAAAUGAUUCCAAUUUUGCGGUUAUUUAAUUUUAGUAAAUUAUAUGAACUUUAAAAGCGUUUAAGUAGAAAAUCGUUGAAAAUCUUCCAAACUAUUGAGAUGCAGCGCUACUAGGAAAAAUAUAUUUAUUUACAACCUUUAUAAUUUUCAUCUGUAUAAACACUGUUCAAACACUUUUCGGUAUUUUAAUGUACCAAAGCAUUCAUAUAGCAAUACUACAAAUUAAUCCAUGCGGUCCUUAAUCUUUUUAAUAUGCAUCUAUAAAUUGGCAUUCCUCGUUUUUUUAUAUUUAUAAUGUCUAUAUAUAGCAUACGCAUAUACUAAAUAUACAUAUAUUUACAGAUAUGUAUAUAAGUACAUAUGUAUCAAACAAAUACCUUGUAUUUAGUUAUAAGGCCACCGGUGUGGCGAUUUAUUAUUUAAAAAUAGUACGAAGGUGGUUGAGUUUAUUCAUUUUUGCGAUUUAAGUCUGCGACAAUAGUAAAUUUACAAAUAAAUUUAUGUCAGAUUUAAGAUAAUGUUAAGUUAUGUUAGAGAAAGAGCCGCGUCAGCUCUUCUAUUGACAACACUUCCAACUUUUUCGCGCCUAUAUUUCGAAUACUUGUUUGGAUACAAACGAAACACGUCCACGAAGCACUUAAUUCGCGCAUUUGAGCAGCUGCGAGCCUUUUACAUUCAAAUUUCUAUUUCACGCGAUUUAGGCCCGUAACGUAACAUGAAAUGUUGCUGUUAAUGAAUCACUUUUGUAGCGAGUCUAGAAGACAGUGACACGGCCAAUGUAAUCUGUGAUUACGCAUUGCAUUGUCGAAAGCCCCCAGUCCAUCAUUUAUUAUCGGUAUAACACGAAUCAGGAUUUCCUAAGCUCUUUUACGGCGCGAAUAUCCACAAUCAUAUAAUUUACAAAAAUAUUUGCAUAGCUUUAGAAUCAUAUGAAGCAGUAUACUCCUUUAAUACUUUGGUUCUCUGUUAUAUCUUUAUACGAUAUAGAAAAAAAUAAAUUUUCGAAAAAUGAAAAAGAUUAUUUCUUAUGUGUAUUUCAAGUUUGGGAAAUCCUGCGAUAUAUACCGUAAAGAUAAAGGUAGUAUAGAUACAGUAUUAAUACAUUGUAAAGUUAUACUAAAAAUGUAUAUAAAAUUAUAUGAUACUUGGCUAAUUUUAUUAUUAUUGAGUACUAACACGCUAUCCGGUAGACAAAUAAUAAGUAAAGAAAGAACAAUAAGCCCGAAGUAUUUUUCAUGGGUUUUCUUUACGAAUACACUUUAUAGCUAGCAACAGACUAGGAUAUUAGCUCAUAAGUUGUGUAACAACUUUUGCCAGUAUAAAUAAAAUGAGCCUGAAAUAAG